AUGACGGCGAACAAAUGUGAGGCCUUUGAUCCUGAAACUGUGGCUAGUGGGACUGCCAAAGUAAUGCGCUCAGGAAAGUUUGCUGUCUGGAACAAAUAUUCCCCUUCUCCUAAUGCUGCCGGCCCUCCACCAUCGCUUACCGGCUGCGCAGACCCCAGCAAUCAAAGAGAAAGGGACAGUGGUCCGCUCCAACAAAGGAUAAUUCAAGGGGCAUCCGGAUGUCGCCAACACGAUGAUAUUACCCAACAUAUCAUGUACGGAAGAUAUGGAGACUUUGAAUGGCUACGUGAACAAAAGCAGUACACACCUGCAAAAAAGGUAGAAUCUGAUAAAGUUAGCCAACCCAUCAAUAGACACAGUGAAAGACAUGGAACCAAGUCGAUCGGGUUAGAUACGAUACACUUGUCAGUGUAUGAAUUUGUGAUUGUUUGUGGGCCCGUCAGGGAAAGUUUACAGGACUCGAAUAAUAAGUUACUCAAUCCGCCCACCCCGGACAACAAAUUCCGAAAGAUUUUCCAUACCAUAGGUAUUCCAUUUUACGCGUUCAAAGAAGGCAUAUAUGGCCUUGCUGAACUCACCGCUAUCGUAGGUCUGUUGAUACCUCAAUAA